UUAAGACAUUAAGUACCCUCGGUACUUACGAAUGUAUUAAAUAGAUAGUGUGCGUAAGUUCAUUUGAAUCACUUUUUCACGUUGGUGAUUGCUGUAUGCGGUGUGAAUGCAUGGAUUGAGUGGUUUCUAGACUCCAGUUUUUGUAUAGUAAGAAUGUAAUAAUAAUAAUAAUAAUUAUUAUUAUUUACUAUUAUGCGUGUAACACGUUAUAUACUGUAGUAGUGUAGUCUGUAAGGUUACAAAUAAAGAAUAAUUUUCUAAUUUUAUUUAAAUUUAUUUAUACGAUAUAGUCAAUAUACUCUAUCAAAAUGAGGACCAAAUCCAAAAUUUGGAAUUACUUUGAAAAGUAUCCAUCUGAAGGCCUUUGCAUUGAAUGUGGUGAAAAAAAAAAUAGUAAAGGUGGAAAUACUAGCAAUUUAAAAUCGCAUUUGCGUUAUAAGCAUCCAAAUUUAUACUUGGAAUACAUAAACAUUGAUGGGUAAGUGUUAUUUUUUUUUUUUAAAUAAUAUUUUAUGUUAAGUCUUAAAUAGAUUUCAAUUUUGUAAUAAGUAAUUAAUACUUUGUUUUUAAAGAAAUAGUACUAUAACAUCAACAGCUGAUACUGAAGAAGUUUUGGAUGAAUGUGUUGAUGGUCAUUCGACUUUGAGUAAUAUAAAUUGUGAUAAACCAAAUAAUGAAGAAACUAACAUAAAAAGAAAAAUUGGAACUUUGAAACAAAGCAAAUUAAAAGUGAUUUCUCCUUUAGACAAAAAAACAGUUGAAAAAUAUAAACAUGCUAUAGGUAUUUGGAUGUGCACUGAUAUGCAGCCUUAUAAUUCAGUGGAAAGAAAAGGAUUCAAACAUUUACUAUCAGUCUUAUGCCCAAACUUUGAAUUACCCAGCAGGAAAUACUUUUCUGACCAUAAGAUUCCUCAAAUGUAUGAAAUUGUAAGAAAUUGUUUGAAGGAAAAAUUAAAACAAGUAUCAUACAUUUCACUGACAACUGAUUGCUGGACAUCAAUAAAUGGAUAUCCUUUCAUAGGAUUAACGGCUCAUACUAUUAAUAAUGAUUGGAUAAUUGAAAGUUUUUGUUUGGCGUGUACUGCUUUGAAUGUUGAUCACAACAAUGUAAACAUUAAAAAUAAGAUAAAACAAAUUUUAAUUGACUGGGAAAUUGAUGAAUCUAAAAUUGCCGGAAUAACAACAGAUUGUGGAAGUAACAUUUUGAAAGCUGUGGAAAGUUUAUCGUUUAACCACAUACCUUGUUUUGGGCAUGUUUUAAACACUGGUGUAACCAAUGCAUUUGCUUUACCACCUGUUAAGUUAUGCUCUGAAAAUGCUGUGAAAGUGAGAUCAGUUUUUCAUUACAGUCCUAAAAUGAAACGUUCUUUGUUAAAUGCCCAGAUUAAUCUAAAUCUUCCACCUUUAGUAGUUCCAUCUUCAUGUGAAACUCGUUGGUGGUCUUUACUUCCAUGUUUAAACUUUAUAAAAACACAGCAUGAAGUAUUGCGUACAAUAUUAACCACUCCUAAACACCAAAAGAUUUUACCUACCUUUAACCACUUACAAUUAAUUGAACGUUUGUUAUGUAUUUUGAAUCCAUUAAAACAACUGGGGGAAGCUAUGGCUUCAGAAAAAAAUGUAACAAUAUCUUCAUUAUGGCCCAUAUAUCAACAGUUAAAAUUACAAUUUCAUAAGCAGACAAAUGAAAGUCAUUCACAAAAUGUGUCUAUUAAUGAAGCAACUGAAAAUAAUUCAGCUCCCUUGUUUCCUGAAUCGCAAGAAAGUAUAUCCCAUAAUCAACCAACAGUAGAAGAAACUUCAGACUUCUUUUCUCAGAUAAAUGAUGAAUCCACAGAAGAUUGUGAAGAGGAAAUUUUAAGUCAAACAUUAAUUCAAGCAUUAAACCAUGUUGAACAAUUGGUGUCUGAUGCUAUAUUUAAUAAACUUUCUAAACGUUUCAAUGAAAAUAUUAGAACCAAACAAUUGAUACAACUAACAUCAUUUUUGGAUCCUCGCUAUAAAUCUUGUUUAACUAGUUAUGAGUUUUAUAUGGUUAAGCAACGACUCGUCGCAGAAAUGGAACUUAAUGGAAUAAAAUCUGUCGACCCAAGUUCAUCACCACCAUUGAAAAAAAAAAGUUAUUCAGGUAUAGCUUCAUUUUUAAGUACAAGUUUACCCUCCAAUUCUGCUUCAAAUUGUGAGAAUAUUUUUGAAGCUGAGAUUGAAAAAUUCAACCAAAUGCCCAAGGUAGAUUUGGAUACAGAUCCUCUUAACUGGUGGAAAAUAUUUAAUUCAGAGUUUCCAAACUUAUCUCGGUUAGCAAAAAAGUAUCUAUGUAUUCAAGGUACUAGUGUACCAAGUGAAAGGUUGUUUAGCUACGGAGGAAAUGUUAUUACAAACAAACGGUCCUUGCUGUCUGAAGCCCAUGCUGAACAAUUAAUAUUUUUAUCGAAAAAUUCCAAUUUUUUGGUAAAUUGAUUAUACAUAUUAUGUUUUUAAUUUAACAAAAUUUAAUCAAUCUAAUUAUUAUUAAUUAUAUAUAUUAUUAAACUGUUUGUAGAAAGUUAUACAAAAAAGA